UGUUUUUGGCGCUGUUGGUCAGAAAGCCAAGCCAUGGCUAUUACCUCAAGAAAAGAGAGAGAUAAUACCUGUCUUCCCAAGCCUGUUAAGAAAGAUAGGUCACUGAAGGACAGGAAGAUGGUGACUGGCAAGGAAGUUAUAUGCAUAUAUGCUGGGAACUCCAAAUGUCAAAAGCGAAAGAGAGCCACACAUGCUAGCUCGUACAUUAAUGAAGAAGUUAAGUCUUCUGUCAUGGAGAAAGCAACGGAUGUUCAAUCUAAUCUGGCGCCUCAAUUCCCUAGCUUCAUUAAGUGUAUGCUCCGUUCACAUGUUUCUGGGGGAUUUUGGCUGGGUCUCCCGAGGUAUUUUUGUAUUAAUCAUUUGCCAAAACAAGAUACGAUGAUGGUUUUAGAAGAUGAAAGUAGUAAAGAAUAUGAAACAAAAUAUCUUGCAGAAAAGGUAGGCCUAAGUGCAGGAUGGAGAGGAUUUGCCAUUGCUCACAAAUUAGUGGAGAGGGAUGUCUUAGUUUUUCAUUUAGUUGGUCCAUCCAAAUUUAAGGUUUACAUUGUGAGAUCCAGUGGUUCAGACGAAGUGGAUGGUGCUCUUGGCCUUCUAGAAUUAGAAACUUGCUAUAGCCGAAGGGACUCUGUUACUUUCAAAAAGAAAGGGUAUGCAGAGAAGGACAUUAAUUUAUGUAAAGAAAAGGAGGAUGAUAACUAUUGGGAGCCCCAGCCCCUUGCACAGGCAAUUCCUCAAGUAAAUUCUGAGAAGCAUAACCAGAUGACUGGUAGUUGUAAGCUUGAGCCUGUGUCAGAUCAGUCAGAAGAUUCUGAGGUUAUGGAUGGAAUUAGAUUAUCAGAAUCUGCUGUUGACUUUAAAGAAGUGAAAAGUGUUGAGGAUUUCAACAUUGUCGUGAAUGGCUUAAUUAUAAAUUCAACACUCUCCAAACAUCUCCGGGCCAAAUACUAUGAGCUUUGUAGUAGUCAAAAUUCAUUUCUUCAUGAAGGUCUUCUUGAAGGUCUUAAUUGUAGGUUGGCUGCAGGAAUGAUUUCGGAGACCAUCAACAUUGCUGAUGCUAUUAGAGCUUCCAAGAUUACCACCUCCGAAGGUAAUUUUGUCAUUUGGGACGAAACUUUGAAAGCCUUUAAGAUGAUGGGGAUGAAUGUCAGCUUCUUACAAACUCGGCUGGAUCAGCUUAUGAACCUUGCUUCAGAACCCAAAAGAUCUAAACAAGCUAGACUUGAACGAGCUGAUGCAGACGAAGAGAAAAGAAUUCUGGAAAUGAAGCUCUUGGAAGUAAGAGAAACAAUAAAGAAACUUGAUGCCAAGAUUGAGACAUUGGGGGUGAAUACUGAUAGCCUCCAGGUUAAGUUCCAAGAAGUGGCAACAGCCCCAUGGUGAUGAAAAACCUCUGCAACUUUGCUUGCAAUUUUUGUCAUGGAACUUGUGCUAUGUUUGUUGUGGCUACGAAACACUAAGUUAGGGAAACAGUCAAAUACUGUGUAUAUCAGUGUUGACAUCUUUUUGUAAGUACUUGCUCCAUGAAAAAGACAAAGUUAAUGAUAUAGUAGUAGUUCUCUGUAAAUGAGAUUACUGACCUAUACAAAGCUGUAAUUCUUUUGUGCU